GUCCCGCGGCAGCGGCGGCGGCGGAGGCGGCGGCGGCGGCGGCUGCGGACUGGUCAGCUUGCCAGUCCCAGCAGGAGCGAGUCAGAGGUGCAGCCUGCGCCCGCCAUGGAGCAGCCCAGGAAGGCGGUGGUGGUAACGGGGUUUGGCCCUUUUGGGGAACACACCGUGAACGCCAGCUGGAUUGCAGUCCAGGAGCUGGAGAAGCUGGGGCUUGGUGACAGUGUGGACCUGCAUGUGUACGAGAUUCCUGUGGAGUACCAGACAGUCCAGAGACUCAUCCCCGCCCUGUGGGAAAAGCACAGUCCACAGCUGGUGGUGCAUGUGGGGGUGUCAGGCAUGGCUACUGCGGUCACGCUGGAGAAGUGCGGUCACAACAAGGGCUACAAGGGGCUGGACAACUGCCGAUUCUGCCCCGGCUCCCAGUGCUGUGUGGAGGAUGGGCCUGAAAGCAUUGACUCCAUCAUCGACAUGGACGCUGUAUGUAAGAGGGUUACCACACUGGGUCUGGAUGUGUCCGUGACCAUCUCACAGGAUGCCGGCAGGUACCUCUGUGACUUCACCUACUAUACCUCUCUGUACCAGAGUCACGGCCGCUCAGCCUUUGUUCACGUGCCCCCUCUGGGCAAGCCGUACAAUGCAGACCAGCUGGGCAGGGCACUUCGGGCCAUCAUCGAGGAGAUGCUGGACGUCCUGGAGCAGUCAGAAGGCAAAAUCAACUGUUGCCAAAACACUGAGUGCCACUCAGGCCUCCCGAGACCUCAUCCCGCCCGGGACUCUGAGAGAGACGUCCACCCUCCGGGGCCUGACCAGGAAGGACAAGUUCAUCAGCUGCGGAUCUGAUUUGGAUCAAAUAUGCCAACUCACUCACCUCCUCUCCCUUUUUCUCUGCAAAAGCGCUGGUUGAUCUGAAGGGGGCAGCUGAAGAUUUUUUUUUUUUUUUUUCUGUUUCUCUUUGCAUCUGGGGAUACAGCUGUGGCAGCCAGGAAGCCUCUAGGAGGCCCUGAAUCAUGCAGAGAACCCUAAUCAGGUGGCCGGAUCUCCACUCUUCGAUCCCGUGGCUGGGGCCACCUGCUUUUCUAAGUCUGUGGCAGAGGGAUUCCUGAGUUCCCUCUGUCUGUGACUGGUUUUUCCCAAAUUUAAAAGCCUCACAAAGAGUCUUUGCCUUGUUCCAUGUCCCAACAGCCUCGACAGCCCCAGCAAGGGCUGCCUUCGGAUAUGGUAUGGGUUUGUGCUUCUUUCUUAUUCUCUUUUUCAAAACAAUAGUGCUAGUUUGGGCACAGAGUAAUUUAUAUUACCUUUGGUUAAAACGCAGGCUUUAGCCAAACACA